UCUCUCGUUUCUCGCUCUGCUCUCUCCCAUGUCUCACUCGAUCUGAUUCUGCUCUCUCCGUUCGGUGGUCGCCGCGGCAGCCAGCAAAAAGAAGAAUAGGCUUAAAGUAAAAACAAAAGAAAAGCUAACAAGGGGGAACCGGGAGCAAAAAGAAAUGGAGAUUGAUGAUGUUCCAAUGGAUGAAAAAGCUAAGAGGAUGAGGGAUCUGCUAUCUAGCUUCUACUCCCCUGAUGCUUCAAUGUCUGGCUCACCCACGGGUUCAUCUAAUAGAUAUGCCUCUCCAUUAGAUGCCAUCAACACUACCUCAUUUAAUCCUGAUCAGUAUAUGAGCAUUCUGGUACAAAAGUCGAAUUUGGAGGGGCUCCUUCAAAGACAUGUUGAAAUGGCUGCCGAGAUAAAGAAUCUCGACACCGAUCUUCAAAUGUUGGUUUAUGAAAAUUACAAUAAAUUCAUCAGUGCAACUGACACAAUUAAAAGGAUGAAUAAUAAUAUCGUUGGGAUGGAAACAAAUAUGGAACAACUCCUCGAGAAAAUAUUGGUAGUGCAGUCUAGAAGUGAUGGAGUCAAUACUUCUCUCUUCGAAAAAAGAGAGCACAUUGAGAAAUUGCAUCGAACGCGAAACCUUCUUCGUAAAGUUCAGUUCAUUUACGAUCUACCUGCAAGACUUGGAAAAUGCAUCAAAACAGAAGCCUAUGCUGAUGCAGUCAGAUUCUAUACUGGAGCAUUAUCUGUUUGCCAGGCAUAUGGAGACUCAUCAUUCAAAGAUUGCAAGCGAGCAUCUGAAGAAGCGAUAGCAAUAGUUUUGAAAAAUUUGCAGGAAAAGCUGUUCUCAGAUUCUGAAUCCAUACAGACAAGAGCAGAGGCUGCAGUACUUCUUAAGCAGCUAGAUUUCCCGGUGGACAGCUUAAAGGUAAAGUUGCUUGAAAAGUUGGAACAAUCAACAAUGGAUCUUCAGCUCAAUGUUGAAGAUUUGAGUAGUACGCUAGUCGAUAGAAGUGGCUCUUCGAAAGAGGGAAAUGUUUCUCAGUCUGUUUAUGGUGCUUCACACGAGGCAUCUGUUCGAGAGUUUGCAGAAGCAGUCCGAGCUUAUCGUGUAAUAUUUGCAGAUUCAGAUAGGCAACUGAUAAAACUUGUUCAGGAUUUGAUCACCAAGCAUUUUGAUGCCACCGAGCAAUUUAUCAAGAAACAGAUUUAUGCAGCAGAUCUUCUUGGUGUUUUUGGGAUCAUAUGGACAAAUGUGCUUUUACUAGGAGAAGUAUUGAAUGAUGCUGGUCUGCCUGAUUAUUCCAUGAAGGCUGCCCAGGUUGCUGUCAAACAGUACGUAACAUGCACAUUCUCUCGUCUCCUGCAAAACAUCUCAGAUGCACUCACACAGGUUCACUCAAGGAAAGAGGAGGGCUUGCAAGAGUACUCGUUGCAGCUUGCACUGGAGGCCAGCAAGAAGGAAGUGCUUCAGGGCAGCAUGGAUGUUUUACUAGACUUCCGCCAGCUUCUUGAAGAUCAGUCAGGGCUCAUCAUCAACCAGAGAAACUUGAUUAUCGAUUGGGUUCAAGAAGGAUUUCAGGAAUUCUUCAGGGCACUUGUUGGUCGUUUCAUGUUGCUAUCAGGAAGAAAUAAUUCUUAUAGUCAAGGUCAAGUUUUGACUGAGGCAACACAAGCUGAGAAAGUUGUUGCUGGGCUUGUCUUGGUGCUUGCUCAAAUUUCAGUGUUUAUUGAACAAAUUGCCAUCCCUAGAAUCACUGAGGAAAUAACGGCUUCUUUUUCUGGCGGUGGUAUUAGGGGUUAUGAAUAUGGUCCUGCCUUUGUACCUUCAGAAAUUUGCCGAAUGUUUCGGUCUGCUGGUGAAAAGUUUCUACACCUUUAUAUAAACAUGAGAAGUCAGAGGAUAUCAAUCCUUUUAACUAAGAGGUUCAGGACACCGAAUUGGGUGAAGCACAAGGAGCCCAGAGAGGUUCACAUGUUUGUCGAUUUAUUACUUCAAGAGAUGGAGGCAAUAGGAAGUGAAGUAAAACAGGUUUUACCUGAAGGGAAUCGUAAGCAUCGUCGGACUGACAGCAAUGGAAGCACCACCACCACCUCGUCACGGAGCAAUCCGAUCCGAGAGGAAAAGUUGAAUAGAUCAAACACACAAAGGGCUAGGAGCCAGUUAUUGGAAACCCAUCUAGCAAAGUUAUUUAAGCAAAAGAUAGAGAUUUUCACUAGAGUAGAGUUUACCCAGGGAUCUGUUGUAACUACUGCAGUGAAACUUUUCCUUAAAACUUUGCAAGAAUUCGUCCGGCUCCAGACUUUUAACCGAAGUGGGUUCCAGCAAAUUCAGUUAGAUAUGCAGUUCUUGAGGACUCCUCUAAAGGAAUUUGCAGAUGAUGAAGCAGCUAUCGACUUUUUGCUCGAUGAGGUGAUAGUCGCAGCAUCGGAGCGUUGUCUCGACCCCGUUCCUUUGGAGCCUCCCAUCUUAGACAAACUCACACAAGCUAAAUUGGCAAAGGCAAGAGAUCUGAAUUCAAUGUCUCCGUGAACAUACCAAAAUGGAGAAGUUAGUCGUUAUAGACUGCAUCGUCAUCAUCAUCGCCUACUGGUAUUUCCAUAAACUUAGUAACUGAUCAGAUCGUGAAAAUGGCAAUUCAUAAUCAUUAUCGAUUUUUCGGCCACUGAUUCAUUCUUUAGGUAGGAAAUGGUUUCUGCAGGUGAAUACACAAUUAGAAAAUGGUCUCUUCCCAUGGCCAUGCUUCCACUGGCAUUAUGAGCAGAUGAUCCUUAGUUCACUAGCAUAGUGGGAAUGUUGAAUCGAAAUUGACGAGCUCCAUUGUUUCGGCAUUUCGAGGUGUUUGUUUAUCGGCUUAAAAUGUUGUUAUCCUACUGCAUUGCAUCCAUUUUGUUCACGAUUACUCAUUGGGAUGAGCCUGUAAGAAUUUAUGCUACAUAUAUUCUUUUACUAUAUGUGAUCCACAAAUUCCUUGCUCCC